CUCUCAUCUGCAACCUGCUACUUAUCUAUUAGUCAGGUCUCAUAUCACUAUCAGACCCCCUCGUCCCUUCUCUUCUUCUUCUUCUGCUUCUUCCUCCUGCUCCUUCUCUCUUCUUCUUCUUCUUCUCCCCUCCAUCACUCUUUCUCUUUGAGCCUUCCCUCUGUGGGUGUGCGCAAGUGUUUCUUUAUCUCAUCUCUGUUAUUAUCUUGACUGCACACCGGCAACACCCCUGCAAGAUGUCGAGGCAGCCUAAACUGCGACCCAAGUCGCAUAUCCCAGGCUUCCCAGACGCCAUCUACAAUCUUGCUGCGGUAUCAUCUUUAUCGCAACUCGAGCCUCGCGCAGGACUGGGAGAUGAGAAGCAUGACCAGCGCGUCUUUCGUGUCAAACGCAAGCAUGUGUUGAAGGCUUGCGAUCGUUGCAGAGUUAAGAAGACCAAGUGUGAUGGGAAACAGCCGUGCAACCGUUGUUCGGCCUACAAUCAUCCGUGUCUGUUCCGGGAACGGAAGGCCACGCAAACCAAAGUAUACUCUCGAGGAUUCGUCGAGAUGCUUGAAUCCCACCAUUCACUGGUUGUCAAGGCGCUCCAAAGGCUCUAUAAACUAUGCAUUGACAAGGAAGGAUUUCCCGGCGAGCCUCUCGUCGAGCUCUCGGACGGUCAGCCUUUAACUCAUGCCAUCCUGGAUCGUCUUGGAUUGAUCAAACAGGCCGAAGAGAAUCCAGAGGAGCCCGAGGAAGACACUGAAGACCUGCGGUACCUGCGGUUCCUGUCCACCUCGACGGACUGCAGUGCUACGACGGAUCCUUCACCAGAACCGGCCACUCCUCCGGAUCCUACUCCCAGUAGUUGCAGUCCCAUCACUCCUACCUCCUCCAAAGGAUCAGAGCCUUGGAAAUGGGAGUUGCAACCUGCCCAGCCCCUUCACUCGGGACAAUACCAUAGUUACCCUCAUCCUGGAUACCACCAGAUGACGUUGUCACGAACAAACCUGGAGCCACAUGGCCUCUCGAGUGAAGAUAAAUGCCCGGAAGUUAUCCCUUCUAUGGCCGACCAUGGACAUCCCCUCUAUUACUACAUGGCUGCGAGCUGUGAUGAAGGCCCCCCCAAAAGCCGCCUGGAAGCUGGCGUGGCAGCCAGGCCAGGCUCCCACCAGCCCGCCACCGCAUCGGGAUUCCCUGUUGUCAUGAUGAAUGACUUUAACCUCCAUGUACAGGAGCAUCAGCCCGUUUAUGCAUCUCUUCCAUCUGGCUGGACAUAUACAUGUGGAUAGGGGUGGUCACAUAACAUAGUAUCUCUAUCAAGUGACUGCGGUCCUUUUCAUACUCUUUUCUACCCACUUUCUUUUCAUCGGACAGGCCUUCUGCCGCCGUCCAUCCCUCGUUCCUUGUACAUGCACAUUAUACAGGCCGACAGCCAUUUUUUGGCCGCCUAUAUUGCUUUCUUUUUAGCUCUGUAUCGUGCUGCG